ACUGUCUUGUUUUUUUCGCCUUUUGUCUCGUUUGUCUCCUGGUGGCCAAAGGCAUGGGACUAUUGCAUCAAGAAAAGAAGACAAGGAGAAAAAGGAGCCAUUGAAUGAUGGAUGAUGCAUUAUCAGACAUGACUUUGUAUUUUCAAGUCAAUAUCCUGUGUUCUCUGGAACAAAAAGGUGUUCAUAUCCGACCGCAAAAAUAGCGAUGACGCAAGAAUACAAAAAAGGGCGAGUGGGUUUGAGUGGACCCGUUUCUUUUUUCUUUUCCCGUCCCGUUCCUCGCUUCGAUUGCAAUUUCGUUGUUUGUUCUAUGACUCAGCGCGUUAGCAAGCAGACCACCGAAUGUACCCCAGCCCCUGGCUCGGAUAUUCCGAAGCCUCGCCAUUUCUCAAUGGUUCGUAAUUUCUACUUGGCCGAUUUGAUUACCUUGAUGAAUGGAGUGUGUGGUGUCAUGUCCGUAUUCAGUUCCAUGCGGUAUUUGCUCUCAAACGAUAUCUCGGACUUGCGUCGGGCAUCGAUAUUGAUGCCUCUCGGCAUGCUUUUGGAUUUCAUGGACGGCCGCGUGGCUCGUUGGCGAAAAAAUUCUUCCCUGCUUGGACAGGAACUCGAUAGUUUGGCCGAUUUGAUCUCGUUUGGUAUGGCACCGGCGUCAUAUGCAUUUGCAGUGGGUAUGCGCACGGAAAUUGACAUUACAGUAUUGACCUACUUUGUCUGCUGUGGCAUUGCUCGUUUGGCAAGAUACAAUGCAACGGUUGCCUUGGCGCCCAAGGAUGAGACAGGCAAAGUAGCGUAUUUCGAAGGCACCCCGAUUCCCACAUCAUUAGCACUAGUAGGACUGCUAUCGUACUUUGUAGCCAACAAUCGAUAUUUGGACGCACUGCCGUUUGGUACCGCCACCCUCGGCGGUUGGAGCUGGCAUCCUCUGGUGUUGGUGUAUGCAUGCAGUGGUACAAUGAUGAUCAGCAAGACUUUGCGUAUUCCCAAGCCUUAAAAUAUCUGCAAAGCUAGAUUCUCCCCCCUAUUUUUCUUCUUUCUUUUCCUUCUUAACUUUGCAUUGACUGGAUCCAGGAAGCAUCAACGAUUAGCCGCUAAUCGAUUGGAACGAAAAAUUGAAGUGCAAAGAUAUUAAUCAUCCUAUAUAAAAAAGAGCAAGCAUAAAAGAAACCGAGAUGGCCAGUAAC